AUGUGUCUCAAAGAUGAUGGUCUAGAUCCAUCUCACUACGUCUCUACACCUGGAAUGUUUAACGAUUCUCUAUACAAAAGUAGUGGGGUAGAACUUAAGCUCAUGACAGAUAUGGAUGAGUAUCUGAUAGUUGAAAAUGGAAUUCGUGGAGGAAUGACAAUGGCAAGUCAUCGAUAUGCCAAAGCAAAUAAUCCACAAUGUCCAGACUAUGAGCCCAGCAAGCCGAAGUCCUGGGCCUUAUAUGAAGAUAUGAACGCCUUAUAUUCAGGUGCAAUGACCCAAUACAUGCUUACAGAAAUCCUAGGUAAGGUAAGUCCAGAGGAAGUACCUGACAUCCAAAGUAUUGUACCAGAUACAGAAAUAGGCUAUAUACUUGAAGUUGAUUUAGAAGCCCCAGUGCACUUGCAUGAUUACUUUGCAGAUUAUCCUUUAGUACCAGAAAAGCAGAUAAUACCAGAAAACUGGCUUAGUCUAUACAAUGAAAUAUUAGUGCGUGAUAAAAAUGUUGGAGAAGGGAAAUAUGUAUCUGGAGAAAAGCUAGUUCAGACCCUUUUUACUAAGAAGAAUUAUAUAGUUCAUUACAGAGCUUUCCAGACAUAUAUGAAGUUCGGAAUGAAGGUUACAAAGAUUCAUAGCACUCUCAAGUUUAGGCAGUCUCCAUGGAUGAAGGAAUAUAUUGAGGAAAAUAUUCGUAAAUGCAAAAUAGCCAAGGCAAAUGGGGAUGAAGUAGAAUUACUUCGAACAGAAGAGGAUAAAAAAAUCAGGCACCUAGCAAGUUCACCAUUAUAUGUAGGCUUUAAAGGCAUACCUAUAGGAGAAACAGUAUGUUUAAAGCCAAAGAUGUACUCAGUCCUUCCAGCGGGGCAUGAUCCUAAAACUCCUGAUGACCCAGAUUCUGAAGACCCUAAAAAGAAGCACGGUAUCCAAAAGGCAAAGGAUGUAAAGAAAA